AUAUUUCAGUCCAGAGCACCCUAGCGCCACCAACUUUGCCUCUACGUUGGCACAGUUUCACGCCAACCGUUCAAAAUGGUGGCGGUGGCUAUCUGCUGCAUUCUGGUGCUCCUCGCCGUCUUUAUUGUGAUCAUAAUAGUGGCUGGACGAAGCAUCGACGAGGCAAGGACGAGGCACUGAAUACUAGUCUUCCAAAACGAGAAGCAAACCGCAGGAAUUGACUUAGGAAUCCACCAAAUCAUCAAAGGAUGUGUGUUUUCGCGACUACAGUGAUUUGUGGCUGUUUUUCCCCAGCAAAUAACGAGUUCAUUAGGACAUAUCAAACACCAGCAAGUAUACAACAGCAAGAAUUGAUCAGUGUUUUCACCCAGAAGGCCACAUUUAAAGGAUAACUCGUAUAUUUUUCUAUUCAGCGAUAUUUAAGGACCGACAGGAAGUGCCAUUUAUCCAGAACACCUCCCUACGACCCUGGAACAAUCUCGAAGGCCGGUUUUCAAUGCGACCUUUUAGCCCUGGGGGAUAUCGAUGUUGGUGGUGAAUAAAACAUUUCGCUACCUCCAAACCACCGAAAUAUGACACGUUUUUGGGUAGGAUCAAUAAGUUGAUCGGGAUGAGGCUACUUCAUAUCAACUACUAUUUGUACAAAUUUGAACUGAUGAACUGUAGACAAUAAUUAACCUAUGUAGAUCUGUUCAAAGACAAUGCUGACCUAUUUAUGAUUUUCGCUUAUUCCAAAAUCGAAUUAGACAAACUGUUAGCUUCAUUUUUUCAGUUGCACUCUUUUUCGUCAUUUCUAGAUUAAUUUCGAAUUCAGUUU